CUUUAUUUCUAUAUUUCCACUUAAAGAGGGUUUUCUUUGAAGAUUUCAGCAGCUUUUUUCUGGUAUCCUCACCCUUUUCCUCUGUCACUGUCCCUCCUGAACUCAUGGACACCAAUCAGGCCUAAUUAAGCUGCACACCUGUUUCCACUUGAUGCGGCUUAUAAAGACAGGCUGAAUGUGGCUGAACCAUUUAACAAAAGACUGUGAAAAAAAGCAAGGGUGAGUUGCAUCUGAGCUGGUUUCAUUUCCAAGGUUUGCUCUUUAGCCUGCUUCCAUAACCAUGGCGAGAGAGAAGACCCACGUUAAUGUCGUCAUCAUUGGCCAUGUGGACAGUGGCAAGUCGACCACCACCGGACACCUUGUUUAUAAGUGUGGCGGUGUCGAUCAGAGGAAACUGGAGAAGUUUGAGAAGGCUGCAGCUCAAAUGGGGAAGAGUUCCUUCAAGUUUGCCUGGCUGUUGGACAAGCUGAAAGCUGAGCGAGAGCGAGGGAUCACCAUCGACAUCUCUCUGCUGAAAUUCAACACCCAGAAUUACAGCAUGACCAUCAUUGAUGCACCAGGACACAGAGACUUCAUCAAAAACAUGAUUACUGGGACAUCCCAGGCUGACGUUGCCCUGCUGGUCGUCUCUGCAGCUAAAGGAGAGUAUGAAGCAGGCAUUUCCAGGAGUGGCCAGACAAGAGAGCAUGCUUUAUUGGCUUACACCUUGGGUGUGAAGCAGAUCAUAGUCUGUGUGAACAAGAUGGAUAUGACUGAACCUCCAUACAGCCAGAAACGCUAUGAAGAAGUGGUCAGAGGCGUGAAGGUCUUCCUCAAAAAGAUUGGUUAUGACACUAAUGCGGUGCCAUUUGUGCCAAUCUCUGGCUGGACUGGAGAAAAUAUGAUCACCCAAACACAAAAGAUGCCAUGGUACCAAGGCUGGAAAGUAAGGUCAAAGGAAGGCGUUUCAAGUGGGAAGACCCUCCUUGAAGUCCUGGACUCAAUUAAGCCUCCAGUGCGCACAAUUAACAAGCCCCUACGCUUGCCUCUGCAGGAUGUCUACAAAAUUGGAGGUGUUGGGACUGUCCCAGUGGGAAAGAUUGAAACUGGAAUCCUUAAACCAGGCAUGACCCUGAUGUUUUCCCCUGCCAAGCUGACUGCAGAGGUAAAGUCCAUAGAGAUGCACCACCAAGGUCUGGAUGCAGCUCUACCAGGGCACAACGUUGGCUUCAACAUCAAGAACGUGUCUGUAAAGAACCUGCGGCGUGGAGAUGUGGCUGGAAAUGCCCAACAUGAUCCUCCUUCAGACGUCCAUAGCUUUGAAGCUCAGGUCAUUAUCCUGAAUCAUCCAGGAAGGAUAAAAACGGGUUACUCUCCUGUACUGGACUGCCAUACAGCCCAUGUCACCUGUCGCUUCGCUGAGCUGAAGGAGAAGCUUGACCGCCGUUCAGGCAAGAAGCUGGAGGACAACCCACAGCUGCUGAGGUCUGGAGAUGCAGCCACUGUCAAACUGGUUCCUAUAAAACCCAUGUGUGUGGAGAGCUUCUUCAACUUCCCUCCUUUAGGUCGCUUUGCAGCCAGAGACUUGAAGCAGACUGUAGCUGUAGGCGUGAUCAAGUCUGUGGAGAAGGACCAAAGCUCUAAGCCUUCUCAGAAGGCACAGCCUAAAUGAGUUGGUUUUAGUGGCCAACUGUACUUUUUAUUUUGAGAAAAGUAAUGUUUGUGUUGCAACAAAAAGCAUUAAUAAUUUCUUUAAAGUGUAUGAUGAUCCUGUGUUAAUAUUACCCCAAAAUUGUAAAAAGGGUGAAUUAUUUGUUUACAUUAGAAAAACUGCAGUUAUUGGAAAAAAUUGUAAACUGUAAAAUUAUUUGUUAAAAGAUUAAAUCUUUCAGUUUAAUCUGUUUGUGGACUUGAUUGCUUAUUGCUAACUCAUUGCAGGGGGAAACGUUGCCAGUUAUUCCGACAAGGUUAAAAGUGAAACUGCCUGAAUUUGUCACUUCAGUUUGCUCAGU